GUUUUUUUUUUAUAUUGUUUAUGCGUGGGUAUUUUAAGGGAUGCCUUGGCAUAACGGUACUGCCAUGCGCAGAACAGCAGAUUGUGAAAAGAAAUAUACUUUUCCACAAUUACAUUACCGUAAGGCAUUUAAAACACACACUUAUUAGUGCAAGUGCUAAAAUCAGUGGCCAAAAAUAUAGUUAACUGCCCACCACACACCACAUAUAAAAUAUACAUUGCAUAAAUACAAUGGAGCAAAUCUGGCGCAAGGUUUGCGCACAUUACGAUGUGCCCGAGGAUGUGACUAACGCCUGGUAUGAGCGUAUCUGGCAGCAUUUAAACGCGGACAGCCCCACUCGUGCCUACCACAACUGGCAGGAGAUGAUGCAGCGCAAGCUCUGCCAUUUAAAAGACUGUGCGCCCAGCAUAGUGCUGGCUGCCUUCUUUCAAUAUUACUUUUUCGAUGGGAAUCGCAGUUGCGUGCAACAGAACUGUGAAGUCUUUGAGGAAUUCUGUCGCGAUGCCAUGAUAGAGGAUGAGGACGCCAAGUCUUUGAUUUGCAAUCUACUGGGACGCAAAACACCAGAGAAUGAGGUCACCUGGUCACAUGAUGAUGAAGCCAAUUUGCUGCAGGAUGUGGAUCUAGUGGUGUUGGCCGCACCGCCUGAUGAGUAUAAACAUUAUACGCAGCUGCUGCGUCACGAGUAUGCCAAUUUGGAUGAUGAAUGCUAUAAAUCAAUGCGCGUCAAGGUGCUGGAGACCUUGCUGCUAAUACCUAGCAUAUAUGCCACAGCCGAUUACCACGACAAGUAUGAGGAGCUGGCGCGUGCCAACAUACGUCAGGAGAUUCAAGAGCUAAAGCAGUGAGAGUUUUUGCAAAAGCUUUAGUUACAAGCUUUUAAAUGUUUAAAUUAGUUAAUUUGUCAAGCUGCUUAAUUUAUGGUAAACGCAAGGCUUUGCUUUACUUUGAAUUUGCGAAGAAAGCUGCUUAAAGCUUUAGUUAAUCAGGCUCUCAACUUGUUUUACGGUUGUGUUUUGCUGCAAACUUUAAUCAAACUACAAAUUCUUUUAGCUAGUCGCAAACUCUUUCAAUUUUAUGUAGCGUUCUAAAUGUUGAAUUUAUGUUGUAAAAAAAGAAAUUAAUCAAAAAGCUAAACUGUUAACACUGCGUAUAACUA